CAGCUGUUGGUUGCCGAGGCCUGGGCGGCGCCACGGGCCCAUCAGUCGCGCUGCUGCGGUCGCUGUUCUCACUCUCCGCGCCCCGCCGGCUGGGCGUGAGGGCCAUGCCGCGGCCAAGGGACAGGAGAAUGAAUGAAGAGAAAGCAAAGGACUCCAUAUUAUCAGCCCCUCAAGGUCCCGUGAAGGUUGAUAAGAACGGUUCUGUUCUGGUGGUCAUUCAUGCUAAACCUGGAGCCAAAGCAAAUGCUAUAACAGAUAUGUCCGAAGAAGCAGUGGGUGUGGCCAUUGCAGCACCUCCGUCCGAUGGAGAGGCCAACACAGAGCUGAUUGCCUACCUUGCCAAGGUGCUGCAGUUAAAGAAAAGUGAGCUGGUUCUGUACAAGGGUUCCAGAUCACGUGAGAAGGUGGUGAAGAUUCAAACCUUGUUGAGCCCAGAGGAGGUGCACAAAAGACUCAAAAUUGCAGCUGUCACAAACUGAUGUAUGUUUGUUCAUUCGAAGGACCUUGGAUAGCAGUCACACAGACCAUCAAGUCGAAAGUACGCUGCCAGCCAGAUUUUUCUGUUCAUAUGUAAAAUCUCAGGGAUUGAAAGUUGUUGCUGAGUAGACUAAUUGCUAUAUUGCUAAUCUUCCAUGACUGACGAUGUGAACAUUCAUCCGGCGUAACUUUAUUCCAGCUGAAUGGGAUCAUUUUGGAAAGCUGGCUGCGGUGAGGUCAGCAAUGGGUGAGAUGUCAGUCUUGAGUUUGUGCUCCCUGGCCCAGUGGUGCUGGACAAGGUUAAAGACUGCUUUGUGGUUUAAAAACAUCAGGAAAAUCUCUUGGCAAUAUUGAACCCUCAUCAACAAAACGCAGUUGAUGAUCUCAUCGCUAUUUGUGGAACUGUACCUUAAUUGGCACAUGUGACAAUAAAUUGACCUUGAAACCUUGAUUGACAUGGAAUUGCUAUGUUAUUGCUUCCAGGGCAAUCAAUAGACUUGACAUAAUGUACUGUGGCAUUUAAAUGUGAUAAUGCAUUAAAUACGUGCAACAUUU